CAGCAUUCAGAGCCCAGAACCCCCUUCCAGCCUUCAAACCCACCUUUCACCCACUUCCACUCAAAAACCCAACCCACCUAUUCAACAUGCAGCUGUCUAUCAUCCUCUCCGCCACCAUGGCCGUCCUCGCCGCUGCCGCUCCCCAACUCGCUGUCCGCAAUGGUGGUCCCGGUGGUGGCCACAGUGGCGGUGGUGGCGGUGGUAGCGGUGGUGGCAAGGGCUCCUGCAACGCCGACGUCGAGAAGCAGGUCUGCUGCAACGGCCUUCUCAGCUGCGUCGUCCAGGCCGUGAGCUCCGGCUGCACCAACCAGGCCUACUGCUGCAAGACCGAUUCCCCAGUUGGCGCCCUCAUCUCCAUCAGCGCCCUCAACUGCCUCCAGCUCUAAGCGAUGGCAUGGCCACUUGACUGGGCAUCUUCCGACAAACCAGAUGACAACUCUCUGCUGCUGUCUGCCGUUGCAUAAGGAUAAUCUGGAUUGGGGUUGGUUGGAGGCUGGGGCGUCGGGUUGCUAGCUCUGAUGAGACUGGUGGGAUUGGUGUGCUUGGAAACUCGGUUCUCCUUAAUUACUUGUGCUGUUGCGAGGCCUCCACGACAUUCUUUUG